AUGUCAGUGAAUAUAGAGGAGAUACUCAAACAUUUGGGUUGGACGGACGGUUUUCAAAUACCGAUCGCGAAUGCCGAAAAUAAGGCGUUGGAAGAAGAAUUAGCCAAACUCAGUUUACGUAAACAGAAAUGUAAAACGAGUUUGGACAUUGUCAACAAUAGAUUUCAAGCAUUAAACGAACAUUUCAAAUACGUUUCACAGGAAAAUGAACAGACGCAGAAACUCAUCACGGCGCAUAAACAACAUUACGACGCUUUGGAAAACGCUUAUCAUACGACUAAAGCGGAAAAUCAAAAUACAAUACGCGCUAUCAAAACCAAUACAAACCAAUUGAAAGAAUCCGAGGAAAUGCAGAAUCAACGGAAAAAUGAUCUCAUUAAACAAGUCGCUAAAGCUGAUAAACUUAAAGCGGAGAUGGAUUGGGAUGCGGAAGCUUUGAAAGCUUGGGAAGAAGCGUUGAAAAAACGAGACGAAGACAUCGAAUUAUUGAGGAAGUUUUUCAAGGACGAUGAUAGGAAAUUUAACCAGCUCGAAGCUAAAAGGCAGCAUCUUCAAGCGGAACUUGCGACGAUGAGGGGGAAAGUGGCUAAAUUGGCGGUCAACAGCGACAACUGUGAACACAUGAUAGAAAGAUCUGGAAAGGUAAUCAAACAAUUGACAGUCGAAAGGGACGCCCUCAUAAACCAAUGGAAAGACACGGUGAAGAUGCUGCAGCAGAGAGACAACGAUAUAAUUAGAACCCAAGAGGAAAUGUACCACGUACAAGAGAUGAUACAGAAACAGGAAGAGAAACUCGAACAAGAAAAUAAAUUUUUGGAAAACGAAAAAAGAAAUAACCGGAAUCUGGAAUUGGAAAUACAGGAAGCCAAUAACGUUAACUCGAAAUUGAGACGGGAGAUGGCGGAUUUGUAUCAGAUGUUGUUAUUGAUGAACACAGACGUAAGUAUUUUGUUGAAAUCGAAAAAUUACAAAUACGAGGACGAUUUGAUCGAAAAAAGAUUUCGUACCCCUUUAUUUUCUUCGGAUAACGGUUUACAAAAAAUUGCUUUGGGGUUGAUUAAGUUCACUUUAUACAGGGACGUUUUGUAUAAAAGUUCGUCUAACUUUCAGUAUCACACUUUAAAACGACAAGUCAGCGCCGCUGCACACCACCUUAAAAACGAACGUCUCAAAGCCAAAAGGAUGGACGAAGUUUUCGCGGAAAAAGAAGUUUUGUGCGCCAAAUACGCCGAGGAAGUCGCAAUUCUCGAAGAUAAAUUACACGAAACAAAAAAUUGCGCAAUGACAUCCGAAGAUCGAAUAAAACGAAUCGAAAAAAUUAUCGAACACGAAGAAAAACUGUACAACAUCAGCUUGGCCGACACCGAAAAAACCAACGGCGUACUUUUCAGAUCCGAACAGCAAUUAAAAGAACAAAAAGCACUAGGAAAAAAUUUGGAAAUAGAAAUCAACACCGGAGCUUGUACGACCGCGCAGUUAAGGAAACACAUUCAAUCAGAACGGAAGGAAUUGGAUAGAAUCAAAGAAGUUGUUUACGAAAUGGAAUUUCGAAUCGACGAAUGCGAGAAGAAGCUUUACGAGCUGUCCGACGUGAAAUUCGUGGAAAUUUCCGAGGAAAAACAACAAAAAAUCCAGGAAUUAGAAAAAACGUUAUCGGAUCAUAAAGAGCUUCAACAUUCGCUCCAAAAUCAAGUGGAUCGAUUACGCGAGGAAAUGCGGAGAUUAACCACUGUCAUAGCCGCCGAUAAAGAAGUACUGGAAGCGUUGGAAAACAAAUGCGAAAAUUUCCUUUUGGUGUACGAGAUCAGUCAAAAACAAAUAGCUGCCGCUAAAAAAUCCAUUCAAGAAAAACAAGUCGAGGAAAAUAUGAUGAGACUCCGGAUAAAUCAAAUUGAAAAAGACAAGAAGAAAGAGGAGAAACAAAUUUUCAAUUUGGAGAAAUUUCGAUUGAAUCUAGAUCAGGCGAUGAAAGAGCGACAACUAGAAAUAAAUACCCAAAAAAUGAUUUUGCAAACGAAAAAACGAAACUUGGAAGAGGAUAAGGGACGAUUGAAAGCCGAUAUUUCCCUAAGGAAAUUAAAAAUCGAUCAGUACCAAAAGAAAUACCAUCUGGCGUUAACCGGCUUAGGGAAAGACGAAGAAGGUCAAACGAUGUCCGUAACGCAUUUCAAAAUAAAAAAUGCCCAGGAGAAAUUCUUCCUUCAACAAGAAGGUGACGAGUUGGACAAAAAGAUAAAAACCGCCGAAAAGGAGAUAGUAGCACUGGAGAAUACAUUGAAAAUUAUAAAUAUUACCAAUAAUUCGUUUAAGAACAGCCUUUCUCCUGUUAAAGACACCGAUCCGGAAAUAAAAGACAUGAAAGAAUUACAAGACCAAUUGAAAGCUGCGAAUAAUGAACUGAAAUUACAUAAAACUGAACUAGCUGCAAAACAAAAGGAAUUUAGCGAAUUGGAACAACAGUUUGAAACGUUAGAGGGCGAAGUACAACAACACGAACAGAUUGUGCAAAAUUUGGAAGACGAAAUUUUUAACGUCAAAAAACAAGAACUGGAUAAAACUGAAAAGUUAAAAAGAGUCGAAUGCGAAUUAAAAAAACUUGUAAAGCAACUAGAUAAAAAAGAUAAACAAGAUUUAUACAAAUAUAACAGAGACUUUGAAAUUCGUCAUUUACAAGAAACGAACAAGAGAGUUUUGGACCAGUUCAGGGAAUUUACCAUAACCUAUCCCGAAAUGUCACCGAUGAUAACGAAAUAUCUAACGGAAAAUAAUUUGGAAUUGCCCGAAAAUAAAAAGACUCCCAGUAGUUAUUCUACUCUAUCGACGCCGAGUUUAUGUAAUUCCACCGAAAUACAGAACACUCAGAGAUCAACUGCUUCGCGCGAUUCCAGUAGUUCAAAUGUAUCAUUGAACAAAAUCGAACUCGCUUUAAAAAUCUGACAAAUGGCGCGUUUUACGUAGAAUAAAAUGUAUGAGAAAUUAGAUUCCCAUUUUAGUUUCACUAAAAAUUAAUUAAAAACAAAUAUAUAUAUACAGGGUGUAGUAGAAAA